UUCUCUGGGCCUCUAGCCAAAUAUUGAAGGAAGGAAGGAAGGAUCAUUUUCUCUGUGCACACCAUGUGAUUCCAACCUAAAAAGUAAUAGAGAAUGUGCAUGUUUAUCCAUAUUUACGAAUAGACGAUUAUUAUGUGCACAGUAUCAUCUUAUAAUUUGCCAUUGCUUUAUUUGAUUUAUACAUAGCAAUAAUUAAAGAACAUAUCCUAUUAUAUAGAACUGAAGAAUUGACGAAAAAGGAAAAUGGGGAAACCAUUUAAUGAACAAAAAAAAUUAUCUCGGACAUAUCGAAGGAAAGCAAAAUUGGGGAAGAUUAAGAAGCCUGAUAUUAGUGUAAAUCAGGGUUGGUUAUUACCCAACUCUGAUGUAAAUAAUGGUGGACAUACUAUAAUGGAUAGUUUCACGACCAAUUAUUAUCAACAACAACAUACUACAAUGGAUGACGAAAGUGCUCGAAUAAUCGUGAGAAAUUUACAUUUUAAGGUAACAGAUGAAGAUGUGAAAAAAUUAUAUGAACCAUUUGGUAAAAUCAAGGAAAUAAAUCUUCUGAGGAAUUCAAAUGGAAAAUUAGUUGGGUAUGGUUUCAUACAAUUUACACGUAUGGAAGAUGCGUCGAAAGCAAUAUUUAAUACUAACAAAAAAGAAUUUCUAGGGAGAAUUAUAAAUAGUGAUUGGGCUAUAUCAAAAUCCAAGUUCUACAAGAAACUUGAGGUAAACCUUGCUAAAAAUGAACAAAGCGAUAAGGAUGAUAUACAUCCUUCCGAAGGUAACAAGGAAGGAGACAAUGUAUCAAAACAUUGUAACAGUAUACAUCACAAAAAAGAAUGUAAUUUGAAAAAGCAAAAAAGUAGAAAACUCCAGAAGGAGAAGAGACAGAAGAAACGAGCCAGAAUUGUAAUACGAAAUUUAUCAUUUCAGACCACAUAUGAUGACUUGAAGGAAUACUUUUCUCAAUACGGUAAUAUAGAAGAAAUAAAGAUUUUGACGCGACACGAUGGUAAACGAAUUGGAUGUGCGUUCGUGCAAUUCGAUCUAGUACAAAAUGCAGCAAAAGCCAUACAUUACACAAACAUGCAACCGUUUUUGAAUAGAACUAUUGUAGUUGAUUGGGCUAUACCUAAGACCAAGUUUUUGAAGAGUAGUACGGAAAAUAAUAUAAAUUCUCAAGUGAAAGAUGAGUUUAUUAUUGAAGGUAAAGCUGGUGAUUGGAAUGCUGGGUCAGACAAUGAAGAGGUCACAGUAGAUAGAAUAAAGAUAAAGAACGAACCUAAUGAUGAAAGAAUGGAAGUGAAACGUGAAGCAGAGAAUACUGAUAGUGAAGAUGAGAGUUCUAGUGACAGCAGUGAUAAUGAUGAUGAGAAUGUUACUGAUAAUGAUGAUGAUGAUAAUGAUCGUAAUGGGAUUAAUAAUUUUAUUAAAGAGGAGGAAGAGGAUAAUUCUAAUCCAAAAUAUCCGCGGCGGAUAUCUGAUGAUGUUAACGAAGGCAAAACAGUGUUCCUAAAGAAUGUACCAUUUUCUGUUAAGAAUGAUGAACUUAGAAGGUACAUGGAACAAUUUGGACCGGUUUAUUAUGCUUUGGUAUGCAUUGACCGUCUAACUGAACAUUCAAAAGGUACCGCAUUUGUGAAAUUUAAGGAUAUUACGAGUGUAGAAAAAUGUUUGUCGAACAUAACUGAAUUACGUAUGCACGAUCAAAUAAUCGAGGCGCAUAGGGCAUUACGUAGAAAUGAAGUUGAAAGUAAAAAGAGCUUGAAAGAACAAAAGAUUAAGGACUCUAGAAACUUGUACCUCGUUAAAGAAGGAGUUGUGUUGGCCGGAAGCACAGCUGCGGCGGAAGUAUCAAUUUUCGAUAUGGCAAAACGUCUGAAAUUGGAACAAUGGAAAUCGCAGAUGUUGCGCAACUUAAAUAUGUUUGUCUCGAGAGUGCGGCUUGUUAUACACAAUCUACCACCCAAUCUCGACGAUACAAAACUUAGACAAUUGUUUAAAAAUCAUAGCGGCCCCAAGGCCGUCAUUGUAGAAGCGCGCGUUAUGCGAGAUUUAAAAAAUGUUGAUGCAACUGGAAAAGGAAAAUCGAAAGAGUACGGUUUUGUUGCGUUCACCACUCACGAAGAUGCACUCAAAGCUUUGAGAAGUAUAAAUAACAACCCGAAUAUAUUUUCUAAAAGCAAGAGGCCAAUCGUUGGAUUCUCAAUAGAAAAUCGUAUCAUGAUGAAUGCGAAGGAAAGAAGAAUUCAGAAGAGUCGCGAACAUAAUCCGUUAUGUUCUAAAUACAAGGGAAAGAGGAAAGCUGAAGAUAUCACAGUGGAAGAACUAUCGAAUAAACGAGUUAAAACAAGAAAGUUGGAUGACUCUAAUGAAAUGUUUUAUGCCGGUAUUACCAGCAAAUUGGGACAAAAUAAAUUAAGAUCAAACUUCAACUUAAAAUCACAAGCUGCAUUACAUAUAAAAACUGUAAAAAAGGAGCGAAAAUUACGCAAAACGACCAAACAGACGGAAGUUACGAAGAAGGAAAAAGCGAAAAAAAAGAAAGAAAACAUGCUAAUACAAUUUGAGGCAGAGGAUGCAGGCUUUAACAAGCUAGUUAACAAUUACAAAAACAAAUUGAAAGGAAUAGACCUGAAACAGUCAAAGUGGUACGAAGGAACUUCAAAUGAAUUUUAAUAGGAUUUUGGUAUAAAAACCAUUAUGAUAAUGAUUAAGUAAUCACCAAUUUGGUUAAAUAUGCGUAUGUAAUGUACACUAUAGUCUAAUAAAGUAAGAUCGAGUAUAUAUGUCAA